AUGUGCAGCAAGGAACAGAUAAAUCACGUGCUCAGCAAAAUCAAUAUGGGCUUGCCGUCCUGGUCCCGCGGUCUGGAGGCCGCAGAGGCGGCGCGCGCGCGCCUCGUGCGCUGGGCGUGCGGUGAGACGCCGCCGGAACCUGAUCCGCCAAGAAAGAAAAUGCCACACGCAAUGCGCAAACGGUGGCCGCUGUGCCCUUGUCUACAGAAUGACGAGCCUCCUGAAAUCACAUACUGCGUGGUCGGCGGCGAGGGCGGUUUGGCGCUACAAGCCGUCACCCCUACACACCCGAUGCCGCCUCAAGAUGAACUUGACGCGAAGUUUGCCGAGCUUGUGGAGGAAUUGGACCUAACAGCGGUAAAUAAAGCAGCAAUGAUGGCCCUACCAGCUGCAAAAAAAUGGCAAAUUUAUUGCAGCAGGAGGCCGCCUCCAGGACAACCUCCACCCCUUGCCACCGCACCUGAGUUAGAGGAAUACAUUAAAGCGCUCAACGAAAUUGCUGACGCAUUCGCAUCUUCGGAAGGUACACCACCAGCAGAAGCAUGCGUUCUCGUCGAUGGACUUAAAACGGCUUUACGAACUCGAGCUCAUAGUUUCGUACUCCGGUUCAUUAAGCAAGGAGGCUUAGGUUCCUUGUUAGACGCCUUGCAAAAAGCACCGAGAGACGAUGCCCUCACAAGGCAUAACCUCAUAGCUGCGAUAAAGGCGUUGAUGAACAACUCGACGGGGCGAGCGCACGUUCUUGCACACCCUACGAGCAUCGAUUUAAUCGCACAGUCUCUAGAUACGGAAAAUGUUAAGACUAAAGUCGCUGCACUGGAAAUAUUGGGUGCUGUAUGUCUUGUACCAGGAGGACAUAAGAAGGUGCUAGAAGCGAUGGUGCAUUUCCAAAAGUAUUCUGGCGAAAGGACCCGUUUUCAAGGAAUUGUGAACGAGCUAGAUAGAUCAACGGGUGCUUAUCGUGACGAUCUGGGGUUGAAAACGGCUAUUAUGUCUUUCGUCAAUGCCGUCUUGAAUUACGGGCCUGGUGAAGAGAGCCUGGAGUUCAGGCUGCAUUUACGAUACGAAUUUCUCAUGCUGGGGAUUCAGCCAGUGAUUGAAAAGCUACGUAAAUACGAAAACGAAACCCUGGAUCGUCACAUCGAGUUCUUCGAAAUGGUUCGGAACGAAGAUGAAAGGGAAUUGGCCAGGAGGUUCGACAAAGAACAUGUCGAUACCAAGAGUGCUACUUCAAUGUUCGAGCUGCUGAGACGCAAGCUCAGCCACACAGCUGCUUAUCCUCACUUACUCUCUAUGCUGGAACACUUUUUACUUUUACCAUUGGAGUACAACCCGCAGUCGCAGCACUGGCUGCUGCUGGACCGUGUGGUGCAGCAGCUCGUGCUGCAGCAGCCCGUGGCGCCGAGCCGCGCCGCCAGUAACCUCACCACCACUGACUCCGACUCGCCCGCCACCACUGAACAGGAACAUCCCAAGGUGUACGACCCAGACGUGUCUCCACUCGAGAUUAACGUAGGCGAGAUAGUCCACUUACUAGCGAAGGAAGAAGAACUGGUAGCCGCCAGAACCAAAGCAGACAACUUGGAGAGGGAGAACGUCGAUUUGGCCACUGAACUGGCCAAGAAGGAGAAACAAGUGGACGAGCAGUCACAAGAGAAAGAAGAGUUGGAGGGAGUCGUGACACGAUUGAAGGAAAGGCUGGAGAGAGAGACCGCCGCGCAUAUGGAGUGUACGGAACGAGCUAGGGCUGCUGCGACACGCGCUCAUCAUUUAGAACAACAGUUGAACCAGGAGCGUUCAGAGAGAGCGAGGUUUGAGAAACUAGUCAGUGAGGGGAGCAUUCCUGACGAUGCCAAGGUGAGCAACCUGAAAAGCGCAGUCAUCGAAACAUGUUCAGUCCCACCGCCCCCACCUCCUACCGCCUUAUGUCCCCCGCCCCUUCCCCCCGCGCCACCAGCCCCCGCCCCACCGCCGGCACCCUUAGCUCCUCUUGCACCGUUAACCACUGCCCCUAAGGCGAAGAAAAACGUGCCAACUCCUGGUAAUCUUUUGAAGAGCUUCAACUGGAGUAAGUUACCGGACACGAAACUGCAUGGAACUAUAUGGCAGGAAUUGGAUGAUACCAAGUUGUAUAACAUGAUGGACUUGCACACGAUCGACAAGAUGUUCUGUGCGUAUCAGAAGAAUGGAGUUCAGAAUGAAGGAUCGGUAGAAGACCUGAGACAGCUGGGCUCGAAGCCACGCACCAAGAUCUUAUCGGUGAUAGACGGACGCCGCGCCCAGAACUGCACCAUUCUGUUAUCUAAAUUAAAAAUGACAGAUGAAGAGAUUUGCCGUGCAAUCCUCCGCAUGGAUAGUGGAGAACAGUUACCCAUCGACAUGGUGGAACAGCUGGUGAAGUUCACGCCGAGCGCUGAGGAGGCCGCGCUACUAGAAGAGCAUCAGGACGAGCUGGACAGUAUGGCGAGAGCUGACCGAUUCCUAUACGAAAUUUCUAAGAUCCCCCACUACGCGGAGCGCGUCCGCACGCUGCUGUUCAAGAAGAAGUUCAGCGUGGCCGCCAACGAGGCGCAGGGCCGCGCCGCGCUCGUGCUGCGCGCCGCGCGCGACAUGACGCGCUCGCGCCGCCUGCGCGCGCUGCUCGAGGUCGUGCUCGCGCUCGGCAACUACAUGAACAGAGGUGCCCGCGGCAAUGCAUCCGGAUUCCGUCUAUCUUCGCUGAACAAGUUGGCGGACACGAAAUCUUCCGUGUCUCGGAACACUACACUGUUGCACUACCUGGUUGAGAUGCUGGAGACGCAGUUCAAAGACAUCCUUUUACUUGAAGAAGAUUUACCUCACGUACGGGCAGCAGCCAAAGUGUGCGUGGAACAGUUAGAGAAAGACGUCGGAUCUCUUCGUACUGGGCUCAGGGAAGUGGCUAGAGAACUCGAGUACCAUGCGGCACUCCCUAACAGAUCACCCAAUGACAUGUUCCUGCCAGUGAUGAGGGACUUCCACGCUCAUGCUGUCUGUACCUUUACUCAGUUGGAGGAUCUGUUCCAGGAUAUGAAGAGUCGACUCGAAGCGUGUGCGCAUGCAUUUGGCGAAGAAGCAUCCGCGUCUCCAGAACAAUUGUUCGGUGCGCUGGACGCGUUCCUGGCGCAACUGCACGACGCUCGCGCCGACUGCGACGCCGCCCGCCGCCGUCGGGACGACGAGGAGCGCCGAACACGACACGAACAGGAGCUUAAAAAACGUACAAUGGAAAGAAAACAAGCAUCCAGCCUCCUCAGCUCGGUGGGAAAAUCUUUGGGCAAAGCGAACGGAGACUGCAACGGCCAUUCGGAUAGUUCCCGCGAUGGAACUUUGACCAACGGACAGAAAGGAGAAUUUGAUGAUCUGAUCUCGGCGCUUAGGACUGGAGAUGUCUUCGGUGACGAUGUAGCUAAGUUUAAGAGGUCACGUAAAGCCGCCAAAGUCAACCAUAAAGGGAGAGAUUCGCCUCCGAGAGGAGUGUGCAGAGAAGACUCCAGGGAGAGGCAGAAGAAUUGA